AUGCGUUUGGUUGCGGCUCAGAUGCUCCGCGGCGCGGCCCAGCGGAGGGGCUUCGCGACGACGCCGAGACGGCUCGACAACUAUGCUUUUGUCGGCCUCGGCCAGAUGGGCUACCAAAUGGCCAAGAACCUCCAGUCCAAGCUGCAGCCCACCGACAGGAUCUCGCUCUACGACAUCAACGGCGGCGCCAUGGAGAGCCUGCAGACCGAGAUGAAGAGCGCGUCCGGCGGCGCCGCUGUCGAGCUCGCCGCCAGCGCCCACGACGCUGCCAAGGAAGCCGACACCGUCAUCACCGUCCUCCCGGAGCCGCAGCACGUCCAGGGCGUGUACAAGUCCAUCCUCACCGCGGCCCUCCCGCAGCGCGACCGCGUCUUCAUCGACUGCUCGACCAUUGACCCGUCGACGUCCCGCGCCGUCGCCUCGUCCGUCGCGUCCGCCCGGCAGGGCUCCUUUGUCGACGCGCCCAUGUCGGGCGGCGUCGUCGGCGCCACCGCCGGCACCCUCACCUUUAUGCUCGGCGCGCCGACCGCCCUCCUCCCGCGCCUCGAGCCCGUCCUCCUCACCAUGGGCCGCAAGGUGCUCCACUGCGGCGACCAGGGCGCCGGCCUCUCGGCCAAGCUCGCCAACAACUACCUGCUCGCGCUCAACAACAUUGCCACCGCCGAGGCCAUGAACCUGGGCAUGCGCUGGGGGCUCGACCCCAAGAAGCUGGCGGGCGUGCUCAACGUGAGCACCGGCCGCUGCUGGCCCAGCGAGGUCAACAACCCGGUCAGGGGCGUGGUCGAGACGGCGCCCGCGGGGCGGGACUACAGCGGCGGGUUCGGGAUCGCCCUGAUGAAGAAGGACCUGAGGCUGGCCAUGGUCGCGGCCAAGGAGGCCGGCGCGGACAUGAAGCUCGCCGACGCGGCGUUCAAGGUGUACGAGGAGGCGGCGGAGCGCGACGACUGCAAGGGGCGUGACUUUUCCGUCGUCUACAGAUAUCUCGGCGGCAAGGAGUAA